CAUCAAUUUUCAAUACAUCUGAAAUGUGUAUAAAACAGCAGUUCGUGGUCAAGCAUAAGUGAACUUGACAGGAAAGUGAAACCUUGACAUGAUUUAAUGUCUUCGUGACAUCAGUAGUUUUAAUGGUUUCCUUUAGCUCAAUGGUAAGAGAUUGGGACUAACAAUGCCAAGAUCGUGGGUUUGAUCCCAGAGAUUGCACACACUCAGAAACAAAUGUAGAGUAUAAUGCAAUGUAAGUCGCUUUGGAUAAAAGUGUCUGCCAAAUGCAUAACGUAAAUGUAAUGGACUCCGUGUUGUGUCAAAUAAAAUCUGGUCGUUCAUUCCUUGUGUAGUUCAUGAGAGUUGUAGGUGUCAUUGUGUUGCUUUGACUUUCAGGAAUACAUUUUGCUUUCUCUCACCGUGGCCCACUUCCACACAAGAAGACAGAUUCUCCUUUCCUCUCACAUUGUCAUUACUCCGCUCGUGUUACGUCUCUUAUUCAUCUGGUGGCAUUAUGCACAGAACAGGCUAAACAGGAACUUAGACCUCAAAUGAAUCCUGUUGUUAUGAGAGUGAAGUAACAAAUCUCUUUCUGGAAGGAUCUUCACUUUCACUCCGAGUUUAUUACGAUUGCAUAAGAGCUGUUAUAGCUGUGCUGCUCCUCUUUGGUAAAUAGCCACUUGGUCUUCCUGUUGGUUUAAUUAUAGCCAUCUAUUGAAUGUGGCUUCACCUGUUGGACUGCUGCACGCAGGUGUGUGUGUGACGUGCUUACAGCAGUGUGACGUUGUUGUGAGCGUGCCACAGAGCUGGUGGCAUUCAGCGGCUGGGACACACGCGCUAGGUGUUUCUGGCUCCAGCUGGUUUACACAGGGUGGAGGCUGGUGUGGGAACGCACACAGUCAUUGAAUCUUCAGAAGCAAGACCUUUGACUGCUCCAGAGACGCUCGCUCAACUUAAAGCAGACUGAGGAGGACGAUGAUGGCGAAGAAGAGCUCUGGUAAAGAUGUGUCUGGAGUGGUGUUCGAUACUCACUCUAAGGUGGUGAUGUCUCAAGGAGGAACAUUUGAGAAGAUGAAGGAAAAGAUUAAUGCCGUGCGAGCUGUGGUGCCCAACAAAAGCAACAAUGAGAUCACUCUGGUGUUACAGCACUUUGAGAACUGUGUGGAUCGUGCAGUGCAGGCCUUUGUGGAAGGAAGUGCUGUGGAGAUCCUGAAAGAAUGGAAUGUGACCGGAAAAAAGAAGCCCAAGAAGAAAAAGAAGCCGAAACCUCAGACUGAGGCUCCUGUAGACCCUGCUCCUGCUGACUCCACCCCAGACGCUGAAGGUCCAGAGCCUCUUAAUGGUUUUCAUGCCAACGGUUCGGCAGACGUUGAUGGAGAUUCAAUAGAUUCUUUAAGUGAGCAGCUGGAUUCCCUGGACAAAGCCGAUCUGGGUUUGGAGACUGCUGCUCCUGAGCUUUCAGAGGCCACAGGUGGAGAGGGGAUGUCAAACCCAACACCCAGCCCCACCCCUCCACACACCACCGGUAAUGAAGCACGACAGAACCAUCCCAGUUCCCGCAGUAACAAGUCUCAAGUCAAGUCUGUCUCCAGCUACAAGAAUUCCUCUGUGCCUGUUCCCUCUUCAGACACACAGCAAGGAUCUUCUGGCAGAAAGAUUGGGGCUAAUGUUGACCGCUCUGUGAAGGACCUCCAGCGCUGUGCAGCGUCACUCACUCGCUACAGAGUCGUAGUGAGAGAUGAGAUGGAUUCCUCAAUCAAGAAAAUGAAGCAGACGUUUGCUGAGCUCCAGAGCUGUCUGAUGGAUCGAGAGGUGACGCUCUUUGCUGAGAUGGAUAAAGUCAAAGCAGAAGCAAUGGCGAUUCUGGACGGCCGUCAGAAGAGAGCAGAAGAGCUAAAGAGACUCACCGACCAAUCAGCAUCACUGAAAGAGGAACAGCUUACAGAACUACGAGCUGAAAUCAAGCAUUUUGUCAGUGAGCGCAAAUAUGAUGAGGAUCUUGGUAAAGCUGUGAAGUUCUCAUUCGAUAUAGAGCCGCUCAAGUGCAGCAUCACUUCUUUUGGAUCAGUUUAUCAUCCUCAGACGAGUUACUCCAGCCGUUCUCGCUGCAGCUCCACCUCUUCCUCUGUCACAAGCUCCACCUCCGAAAUCCAGCCUCAGCCCUCUGCUUACAUGGCUCGCUCUAAUGUGCCACAUAAACAGAUUUUCCAGGGCAACAGGCGCAUUAUUCAAGGUUACCAGGGAAAUCCGAGAUAUAAUGGAAACGGCAAUCAGGACCGAAAUCCUGGUCGCACCAACUCCCGCUACCAAGGAGAUCGUUACCAUGGAGACCACAGGGAGACCCCUAACUCUCAGCCAGCCAAUAGUGUGAAAAGCCCCUCCCACCUCUCAGCCAACCGCCCAGAUCAACCCUCCCACAAUGGGCUUCCACAGAGGCAACCACGGAGUCACUGCCUGUGACACACAUACACGCGUCUCUGCUUGUUCACUUCUUAUAACACACCUGUCACUGACGUUUACACCCGAGCAGUCGAGCUGCGGCCCCUUUCCUGUCCUACUCUUCUAUUACACACUCUGUCUCACUCUCUCUCUCUCUCUCUCUCUCUCUCUCUCUCUCUGAUCUUCUUACGUUAGGGGUUCUGUGUUUGAGUCGGUAGUGAGCGAGUGUUACUGUUAAACUUGUCAAUGUUGAGAAAGAAAAGAUUCUCUUUCUGUUAUGUGUGUGUUCAAGUCUCUGAUUUUCAACACUAAGACGACAGACUGAGUUUCUGUCUAUGGGGGGAGGUCACAGUGGGCUGAAAGUAACUUAUUGUAAGAGUGUCUUUUCAGAUGUGUGCGUGGUGUUAUUUGAAGUAAUUUGCUUUGAUCGAAGCUUGUCAGUUUCUGUUUGUCUUCACGUCCCCUCGAUCAGUGCUAACGCACGAGUCAUCAUGACUGAAUCUCAUGAAAUACCUCACACGUGCUCUUCGCAAUCUGCUCUUAUGCUGAGCUUGACUGAUCAUCGUCCACAAUGAACUUCUGAAAGUUUCUUUUCAGUGAAGAUCAGCAUCGUUUUGCCCUUCUGAAAGACUCAUUCAUGUUUGCAUGAUGGAAUAUCAAUAACACAGUCAGUAUAUAGUGAUGCUGUUCUGUUUGCCAGAAUGUCUGGACUGGUUUGCUAACGCUUACAAUUUACAUCAGUCCUGUUCAAGUUCAGGACAGAGUCUUUCAUUGUUCCAGCACAGUUUCUUUUAUCUCAGUCAUGUAUAUAUGUAACUAUAUGUAUAAUGUUUUGUAGCUUCUGGCCAUGUAUUUAGUGCUAAUAAGAUUGAACUACCAGUUAAGACGUUUAGUUCUUCCUCGUGUAUAGAGAAAAUUCUUCAUUUCUUUCUUGUCAAAAAUCUGAGAUUGCUGUAAAAUCAAGUGCCUUCAGUCUUGUUUUUUUUUUAUCUCUGUUGUUUUUUCUAACUCAUUUUUUUCUGCUCCGGUUUGGACCAAAGACGUCAGACCCAUCCAGACACCACAUGCUCCUGUCAUGCAAACUGCACUAGCAAACACUCGUCUUCUUUCUUGAUAUUUGACCUCCUACUUUUUCUUGACUUAUGAAUAAAGAAGGAUUAGUAGCAGAUGCUCAA